AUGCCGGCAUUAUGUGUUCCACAGAUAAAAGUAUUUCGAACAAUAUGGGGUGCAGAAACUCAAUUUUCAUGUGAUAUUAAUAUUUUAUUUAAUGAACUCCAUCGUCUUGGUUUUAAUGGUAUUGAAGCAUCGCUAAAUGAUAUUCAUCGAAUAUCAAAAAAUAAUGAUGAACUUUUUAUGGAAGUUUUAUUGAAAAAUAAACUUGAAUUAAUUGCUAUUUGUUAUACAAAUUGGGCUGAUUUCGAACCUGGAUCAUGGGAAGAUUUAUCUGUUGAUGAACAUAUUAAUAAUUUAGAUAAACAAUUAGAACAAGUUAUGAAAUAUAAUCCAAUACAUAUUAAUAUUCAUGGAGGACAAGAUAAUUGGACAACAGAACAACAUGAAAAAUUCUUUCAAGAAGCUUUAGUUUUACAAGCAAAAUAUCCAAAUGUAUCAUCAUCACAUGAGACUCAUCGUGGUCGUUCAUUAUUUAAUCCAUCAAUUACAUUACAUUUAAUUUCUCGUUUUCCAAAUCUUCGUUUAACUGCAGAUUUUUCACAUUGGUUAGUUGUUUGUGAACGUCUUCUUGAUCAUCCAUCUGAUAUGGAACGUAUGCGUAAAAUAAUAUCACGUGUUGAUCAUAUUCAUGCACGAGUUGGUACUGUUCAACAUGCACAAGUAACUGAUCCAUUAAUUGAUGCACCAAAAGAAACUCAACUUAUGCAAAAUUGGUGGCAAAUGAUUUGGACAGAACAAAUUAAACAAGGUAAAACAAUAACAACAUUAACACCUGAAUAUGGACCAAUACCAUAUGCUAUAUCAAAUGAUGUUGAUGUAUGGUCAUUAACUAAUCGAGAAAUGGAACGACAAAGAAAAAACUAUCAAGAAUGGAUUAAUCAAAAUCAGGAUUUAAAAAAUUAA